ACAUUGCUACGAUAAUUUGAGAUUGUUGUCAAUAAACGUACAUAUUCGUUUAAUUUACAAAAUGUUUGAAGUCGAUCCCAUAUCUGCUGAUCACAAAGACGUAAUCCAUGAUGUCGCAUUUGAUUAUUACGGUCGACGAAUGGGUACUUGUUCAAGUGAUCAAACAGUUAAGAUAUGGGAUGAAGAUGAAUCCGGAAAGUUAACAGUUUCUAGUAGCUGGAAGGCGCAUUCUGGUUCUAUUUGGCGUAUAUCAUGGGCACAUCCCGAAUUUGGACAAGUUUUAGCUACAUGCUCAUUUGACCGCACAGCUUCUGUAUGGGAAGAAGUUGCUGGUGAAAAAGUAGCAGCCACAAUGACACCAGCACGUCGUUGGGUGCGGCGAACGACUCUUGUAGACUCACGCACAAGUGUAACCGAUAUAGAAUUUGCUCCCAAAUACUUAGGACUUUUGUUAGCUACAGUAUCCGCUGAUGGUAUUAUUCGAAUAUACGAAGCUCCGGAUAUAAUGAACCUGUCGCAAUGGCCUGUUCAGCACGAAAUAACAUGCAAAUUGCCUUUAACCUGUAUAUCAUGGAAUACUUCUACAUAUAAACUUUCAUCACAUCUUUUAGCGGCUGGUAGUGAUGAUACAGCAAUGAAUACAGGUAAAGUAUUUAUAUUUGCAUACAAUGAAAGUGCAAGAAAGUGUGCUGAAGUGGAAACCAUAAGUGAAAUAAAUCAACCAGUAACUGAUUUGGCGUUUGCCCCUGCUGCCGGUCGGAGAUUUCAUAUUCUGGCCGUUGCUAGUAAGGAUCUAUACAUUGUAAACAUUCGCGGACAAAAUGAUUCUACUUCGAAUAUGACACUUGAAACCCAAACUACAAGGUUUAGUGACCAUAAUUGUCCCGUUUGGAGAGUGUGUUGGAACAUGCUGGGAACGAUGUUGAUUUCUACUGGUGAUGAUGGUUGCGUUCGUAUUUGGCGAUUGAAUUAUACAAGGAACUGGAAAUGCGCUGUCGUUUUAAAAGCGGAAGGAAGUUUAUCGCCAUACGAACCAAAUCUUCACUCUCCGACUUUUACUACCGCUGCAGUUGCUACUGCGAAAUACUAUAAAAAAGGAACAAUUAGCAAUCCUAGCCAAGUUCCUUGGCAUUAACAUAAAUGUAUAAAAAAUAUGUUACUGUGUAUGCCGGACAACACAGAAAAUAUAUUUUAUAUAUUUUAAGGUAGUUUUAUAUCGAUUUGUUUUUAGUUAGUAUGUAGGUAGUUCAAUAAGGAAAAAAAAGUAAUGUGGCUUCGUUAAUAGGAUAGUUGGUUUAAAGUUGUUAAAAUACCAAUUGAAUUGUAUCUAUUAUGGGAUAAUGCUUAUAAAUACAUACAUACAUAUGUUCUAUAUAUGUAUAUACGAAA